UGUGAGUCCACGACCACUCCUCGACGCUCAUACCGCCUUCUGACAGCAAUCAGAACGCAACGACGCUCAUACGAGGAACACUGUCAGAAUACCGGCAAUGAGUGACAGCUACAGCUUCGUCUCUCCGACGCAUGAGCAGAUGGAAAUCAUCAGACAGCAACUGGGGACAGACGAAGAAGACAUCAAGAGGACCAUCGCGUCUCUGAGAGCCUGGCUCAAGACGCAACCGCAUCUGCCCGAGGAGAUAGACGAUGCCCAAAUCGAAAGGAUGUACAUUCAGUGCAAGUGCAGCACAGAGAGGGUUAAGAAAGGGCUCGACGCCUACUUCUCGUUGAGGACCAGGUAUCCAGAGAUGAUGAACCGAGACCCUACGGGACAAGAUGUGGUGCGCACCAUGGAACACAUGAAGGUGGUGUUGAUGCCUCGCCUCACCAAGGAGCUGUACCGUGUGCACGUCUACUCACACAUCGACCCAGACCCUCAGUGGGUCCUGUGGAUAGAUUACGCAAAAGUCGCCUCCAUAUGCUUCGAUAUGAUGUUAUUUGAUGACUACUCGCUCGGAGACGUUCUCAUCAUUGACUUGAAGAACGUGACUAUCGCACACCUGCUCCGCACCGAUAUCAAUGUCAUACGAGCUAUGGAAUUCGCCCAUAAGACUGCUUUCUGCCGGGGACUGAAAGGAAUCCAUUUGUUGAACGCUGAUAAAGUGACUGAUUUCGCAAUGAAAAUCGUGAAGUUAGGGCUUUCCGAGAAGUUGCAGCAGAGGGUACACGUCCAUCUGCCAGGAUCAACGACGCUGUUUGACCACGUGUCUAAAGAGUACCUGCCCGAUGAACUAGGAGGCACUGCAGGUCCUACCGACAAACUUGCCGAUGACUUCAUCAGGAGGGCGGAGAAGAAGCGAGGCUGGUUCUUGGAGCAGCACCGCUACACCUCGGACGAGAGCAAGAGGCCCCCAGACAACCACUACGCCGACGACUUGUUUGGAGUGGCGGGAUCCUUCAAGAAGCUCUCAGUAGACUGACGCCGUUACAGUUAAUUUAGUAGACUCUGUUUCUUGGUGACAGAAAAUUGUGAUGUACAAGGAGAAACCGAUCCCCAUCAGCAAAAUUUCAGAGUUUGUUUUUUAUAUUUUCCGAAUAAUUUACUGUAAUGAACUCAUGAUCUCCCUUGAUUCGUUUAAUUGUAUUUCCUUUGAUGCUUUCUAGCUGUUUUGGUCUUUAGUUUGAAGGCUGGUUUGAUACAGCUCUCCACACUACUGUAUAUUGUGUAAACCUCUCCACCUUUCCAUACUUACAGCAACCUAUGUCCAUUUCAACACUUCCUUCAAUUAUAAAAUCGACGAUCCCUGGAUACCUCGGACUGUGUCAUUUCAACAGAGCUCUUAUUUUACUUUAAUUCUGCUGUUCGUUAAUUAUCCGUCCUACUCACCAAAUCUACAGCGUUCUUCUGUAACACCACGCUGCUGACACUUCUUUUCUCUUCUUGACCGAACAUUUAAACCUUCACAUUUGAAAUGCGUACAAGGCUAUACUCCAGACAAAUUCGUUCAGAAAAGACACCCUAGAAGGAGGAGGAGGACAUUAGGGUUUAACAUCCCGUCGACAACGAGGUCAUUAGAGACGGAGCGCAAGCUCGGGUGAGGGAAGGAUGGGGAAGGAAAUCGGCCGUGCCCUUUCAAAGGAAUCAUCCCGGCAUUUGCUUGAAGCGAUUUAGGGAAAUCAUGGAAAACCUAAAUCAGGAUGGCCGGAGGCGGGAUGGAACCGUCGUCCUCCCGAAUGCGAGUCCAGUGUGCUAACCACUGCGCCAUCUCGCUCGGUGAAAAGAGACAUCCUAAAGUGUAAAUUUAUAUUCAGUGUUAACAAAUUUAUCUUUUUCGUAAAUGCUUUAACUGAAACUGUCAGUCGGAAUUUUAUAUUCUCAGUACUUCGACCAUCGACAGCUAGUUUACCGCCAAAAAGCAAAACGCAUCUAUUGCUUUCAGUUUCGUUUUCUAAUAUAAUCCCCUAGGCAUCCCCUGACUUUAGUCCCUGAACAUUAAUUCCCGUUAGAACUAUCUCCAUGAUUAACUUUACUGCCUUAAUCUCCACACUGCAUUAUGUCUGUGAUAGGUUACAACCCUGUAUCACUCGCUCCUAAACUACCACUGUCUCUUCAUGGUGUUAGUCUCUUAUAACUGCAGUCUGGUUUCUGUAAAAGCUCUUCAUGUUUCGCUACCUGCAUUGUGUUCCAUCUGCCUUCACAAUUUCUUAGCCACACUAUCAAUUUUUUUCUCUAAAUAUAUGAACGCUACAAAAGUGCUUUGUCUCUAUGCAGUCUAUCUUCCAAGAUGAGUAGUAGGGUCAGUAGAGCAUCGCGUCUUCCUGUAUAUCUCCGGAACCCAAACGGAUCUUGCUCAACGUCGGCUUCUAGCACUUCUGCAAAUAACUCGCGUCAGUAUUUUGUAAGCAUGACUUAUCAAGCUGAUGGCUUCCAAAUAUUCGCAUCUGUGAGCACCUGCGUACUGUGGAAAAGGUAUUAUUACUGACAUCUUUAUUUCUCAUACCCCUGUCCUUUCUGCUUCGUAUCUGCACCGAACUGAAAAUAUCUGGCAAUUAGUAUAAAAAACGAAUCAACCAUAAUCACAGUAUCACUCUAUAAAUAGAUACCGGAGACCACGGUUCCCUUAUACAACAAUACUCUGAAAAUGUCCUUGAAAGAGCUCUGAAAUUUUGUUUGUGGAUCGUCUUCACCUGCGCGUGUCUUAUGCAUGUUCUUCUACACGGACACGGUCAACGAGAUCUUUACUACCUCAGUGAAUGGUCUAUGUAAACCUUUUCUUUGCGUCCGGUAUGAUUCUUGGACUAAACUGAAGAAACAAUAAUAUUGCCUUUUCUUUCCUCCGUCCCACGCAUUUUCUCCUUGUAUGCUAAUAUUGGUAGUCAUAGGUUCUAAACGAAAGAAAAUAGCCUUUGGAUAAGCUUUCUUAAGAGCUGCAGUAGUCAUUAUGUGUUAAUGUCUCUAAAUGUUCCUACUUUAUGUAGCUUAAUUGCGUUGAAGAUACAUUUCUAACAGUGAACGAA